AUGACCUCCUUUGACCAACCACCACCACCUUAUGCUGCUGCUCCUGCUGCACAGACAGAGCCUCUUCUACCAGAUGAGAAGCCUGCCAGCACAAGCACUGAAGAGCAUGCACCACAAACAAAAGCCACCACUCAGCAUCAAGGCUACGGAAUCAAACUUGGAAACAAUUCGUUUCUAGGUCUCUCCUUGCCACCACAUUCAAACGGCUACGGCAUCCGCAUUGGCGGCGUGCUUCUCGGAGUGAGCACCUCCGCAGCGCCGGAAGACGCGGCAACUACAAAGCCAUCGGCCGAAUAG